CAAGUCAGCUAGUCAAUACUAUAUAUUUGUAUUAUACCUAUUUACAUGCAAGAUGGUCAUGGCAACCGUCUCCUAUGCAACGGCCCAAUUAUUCGGAAAUGAGCGAAAUUAAAGUAGAAGAAGCUCCGACAUUAUUUUCGAAAUGAAUGAUACCGAAAGAAAAUUAGAGAAUCACAUCGAUGAUUUAGAACUUUCACAUUUGAGUCUCGAAAAUGACAGUGAUGGAUAUUUUGCCACAAUUAUUGGAAAUAUCGAAGAUAUAAUUAUGCAGGAUGAUUUUUCGAAAUUACUAACAAGUUUUAUGGAUAAAUAUUGGGAAGAGUUCGAUGACGCCGAAGAAAAUAAAUUGAUUUAUACAGAUAUAUUCAGGGAGUAUUUGGAAACGAUCGAAAAAUAUAUCGAAGAAAAUUUACGGAAGAAUAUUGAUAGCUUCGAUAUGACCUUUUUUGAAAAUGAACUCAAGAGAAGAGAAAAUGAGUUGGAUGGACAGAUAUUUGAGAUUUUAGACACAUUCUCAAAAUUUGAGUCUUUUAAAAGUAUGCUCCUAGACUAUCGAAAAAUGAAAAUGGGGCAAUCCAUUGAUUUUUCCAGGGACAUCUCUGUCAAAAAAUUUAUGAUAGAAAUGGAAACUGAAGAUACAGGAAUGCUAUGACUAUGAUUUUACAAAAAUUUUAUUCCAUUCAAUGCAUUAAAAUUUCCAUUUGUACCAA